UUAAAAGGUUGCUAAUUUUCCUUACAAUUCUAUAAUGAUUAAAUUUAUUGCAGAAAAUGGAAAUAGGAAAUAAGGUUUACCUAAAUAACAUUGACCAGAUAGAUGAAAAAUCGCAUAUCAAGGUUCGGGUGCUUAAAAUUUGGAACUUUGUCAAAAAUAAUAAAGUUUGUUCCAUUGAAAUGAUCAUCAUGGAUGAGGAGGGUACACAAUACCAAGCUCGUGUCUUCAAUCAGAAUUUCUCCAGAUUUCGUCAUCUUUUAAAGGAAGAUGAAAGUUAUAUAGUUAUAAAACCCAAUAUGGCUGCUGUUACUAAUGGUUUUAGUUAUACAGGUCUUGGUGAAGCUAAAAGUCAUUUUGAAGUAACGAAAUUGUUCAUAAAUUCUGACAUUUAUGAAAUAAAUGAGUUUAAAAAUAAGUUGAAAUGUCAUGACAAUUUCGGUAUAACUGAAAAAAGCAUAACUACACUUCAAAGCUACUCUUCUUCAUAUACAGAUGACUUUAAGGGCAAUUUUCCAUUAAAAACAAUCUGUGAGAUCACCGAACCAAUUAAGGAAAUGAAGUUUUUAUUAGUUGCUUCCAUUGUUAAUAUAAGGCAGAAUCUACCAUGGUAUAUAAUUCCAAUUAACGUACAAGAUUGUACUGGAACCAUUGGAUUGACUCUUUUUGAUAGGGAAGCAAGGAGGUUGUUAAAUAUAAGUGCCUACGAGUUGAAAAAGAUACAUGAUGCGGCCGGAGACAGUGAUGCCCUAUUUCCAAUGCAACUUAAUGUGUUGAAAAACCGCAAGUUUGGUUUUGUUGUAGAUAUUACAGAAUACAAUGUCAACAACUAUAAUAACAUCUACACAGUUCUCAGAGUUACAGAAGAUAUGUCCAUUGUUUCUGAAUUGGAAAGUAAAAUAGAACUUAUGAGUAAUCAAUCUGUCGCCUUAAAUCAAGUUGCUUUGGAAUCCGAUGAUGUUGUACAGCCUGUUCAAAAGGAUGUGAUCUCACAAACAGACGAAAGUUUUACACCCUCAACAGUUGAUAAGUCAACCGCAACAAGUCCUUGCAAAAUAUCAGGUGAUCUGAAGCGCAACCUCCAAGAAAUUUAUGAUGUUGAUUCUGAAUAUGAUUUAAGUUCAACUAAGGCUAAAAGAAAGUCAACCGCAGAGGAAACUCCACUCUUGAUUCCAAAAAUUGAAAAGUGA